AAGUGUAAAGUAUAGAGUCAAAUUUUAAUAUUUGAUUUAAAAAGUGACAAUGUGAAAAAAUAAAAUUUAAAGUAAGCACAUAAAAGACAAAGAGGGGAGAGGAAGGGCGUGACGAUUGACAACACGACAAGACGACUUAUUUAGAAGGUGUAACAACCUCUCAUCCCUAAUUUUCUCUUUUCCAACCCAAUAAUUUCCCACCAUUAUCCACCCUCAUCAUUUUUCACCAUGACAGAAAAACAAUCCAAUUCCAACACAAGCAAGAAAAGGAGAAAUCACAACAAUCAUAACAUUAUUGUUAACACUACAAUGCCUUCCUUGUUUUGCUCCAAUAAUAAUCUCAUACAUUAACUGUUAGAACCCAAAAUUAUAUUUCAUCCCCUAUUUCCAUCCUCAUUGUGAAUACCGCUCCCCAUUUUUUCGAUGGAGGAGCGGGUCCCACCUGACCACGACCACGAUCACGAUCACAACCAUGACCACGACCACAAUCGUAGCUCCACGAACAAUGAGGAUCAAGAUGAGGAAUUCGACGAUUUUUACAAUAUCUAUCACGAGAAAAAUGUAACGGAAAAUGAAGACGAGGAAAUGCGAAUUGUCCCCUCUACAAAACAAGAAAACUCCAACCAACAACCUCAUUCAACGUACAUUAUCCAAGUCCCUAAGGAUCAAAUAUACCGGGUUCCGCCACCGGAGAAUGCCGGGAUUGUGGAAAAGUACCGGAACCCGGUGCAAAAUAACCAAAGUGGUCGUCGGCGCCGGUGUGCAUAUUGGUGCUUGUCUAUAUUCCUUGUGGUUGCCUUCAUUGUUAGUGUAAUUGUUUGUGUGCAUCAUUUUACGUUGAGUCCUAAGAAUCCUGAUUUCUCUAUCAAGCGUGUUAUCAUUAAGAACCCUCCGCCUUCUUCUAAGAAGAAUGCUUCUCCUAAGUUACAGGUAUCCUUGGAGACAACGAACCCAAAUAGUGUGAACGAUAUCGGGUAUGGACAAGGAAACGCCACACUCGUGUACAAAGGGAAGGCGAUAGGGCACGGCUCGUAUCCUGCGCUAGUAAAUGAAGGAUCUGGCAAAUCUGAUUCAGUAGAUGUGGUUCUUGCAGUUUCGUCGAAAGGAGGUUUGCCUAAGGAAUUAGUGUCUCAGUCUCAUAACAACAAAAAUCGUAAAAAACCACUGCCUUUUAACCUACUAUUCAACAUCCCUCUUAAGUUAAAGACUUGGCUAUUUACCAAGAAAAUUGAUGUUAAGGUUGGUUGCAAGUUUGAGGUCAGUUCCGUCGGGGAAAAGAUCAAAAUUUUAUCACAAAAAUGUGAUAUCCAAAAAUAACUAUGAUUGCUAAAACUACUACCACCUCGUAAACACAAUAACGGGAAGAAGAUCGAUUAUGGUGUUCAUUUUCCAAACUAGAGUAACUCUCAUAAACGAAAUUGACUUCUGUGAGUUGACGUGUUCAAUUAUUUUUUUUUUUUUUUUAAAAAAACACUUAUUAGCAUUUGGGCCAAUUUUUUCCCAUUUAUUUGUUGCCAUGUUUAAUUUUUCGUUGGUUGUAUUUGUAAAAAAAUUGACGUUGCAUUAAGUAAAUUAGUUUGAAUUCCGUUCAAUGCAUGAAUGUUUGAUUUUUUAAAAUUUGAGUAGCUUUAGUCAAAAUAUAUAUUGUAAAUGUUAUGUAUGUUAGUCUUAUUUAUACUUACACAAUAUCAAUUUAUUAAUAAUUUUUACUCACUAG